AUUUUGGUGUUGUUGGUUAGUUCGCGGGCGGGCGGCCCCGAGCUGCUUAGUUCUGGCCUGCACCUUGUACAGUUUGGACUCCUCUCUUACGGCUGAUCAUAUUGCUGGGCUUGGUCGACUAUAUCCAAUGUAUUUUAAGCAAAGAUUUGGGAUGAGUGUGGUGGCGGUGAUGAUCUUGACCAUGUUCUUAUGUGUGGAAGAUGCUGCCGGUAUUAAUUACCCUAGUUUUCCGGACUCUGACCAUCCUAUGCUACCCGUGACCCUAAUGCCUCCGUUCUUCCUGGACUUCGAGCGUGCGUUGCUGCAAUUCCAAGAGGUGCAAGAUUUUUUGGCUAUGCUUCCUAAAGAUCCGGAGACAUCUUUGAAGACUGCCAAAGAUAAAAUGUUAUCUCGUAGACACAGAUUUGAUCCUAAUAAAUUAAUAAACCUUACAGCUGUACUCGAGCAAACUGGAAAGAAGCAUCUUGAUAUUGAGGAUUUGUUAAACGUACUUAAGGAGUCUAUUAAUGAAACCAAAGCUGGUUGAAUGGUCUUGGAUGGUUUUGUAAACGGAUCGACUUUGAUAGGCAAUUAAAGCGUUACCUAAU